CCUGACAUGACAUGUUGACACUUCAUUGUGUUGUAUGUUGUAUGUUCAUGUUGUGCUGUGGUCAGAGAUAAACCCUUCUAGCUGUGUUGUUUAGUGAUUGGUAAACGAAAAAUGAUUUUGUCAAUCGUCUAGAUUCCUGCUGAGUUUUUCCGUUUUAUGAAAAUGGAGAAACCUUCAGAUAAGUUCGUCCUCAAAGAUGAUAUGCUCACAUCGCUAAAAUGCUCCUUAUGCGAAUCAUUUCUAUCAGUCUCUCCAAUUUACAUUACUUCCGAAGAUGGUAGCAAAAUGAAAUGUGGAAGAUGCAACUUUAAAACUCAUAUAGUGUGUAGAGCUAUUUGUUAUGAGAACUUAGCCAAGCAGAUGAAAUUCCCUUGCAUUAACAAGCCCUGUGAAGAGAUUCUGGACUGGGACGACGUCAAAUCGCAUGAGAAAAUCUGCGAACAUCGUACCAUACUCUGUAUGAAGACCAACUGUAAUGAACGCAUAAAAGCGCAGGACUAUAUAUCCCAUUUUAAAACACAACAUGAAAAAUCAUUAUAUACAGACACAAUGGUUCUCAAAAAUAUACACAGUGCUUAUGGAAUGGGAGUUUUGCAAAAGGAUUUCAAUGCAUUUGUAGUAUUAUUUGAUUGUGAUAAUGCAAAAUUUGGCCUAACAGUAUGUUCAUUGGUACCAACUGACAAAGUCUUUAAUCUAACUAUUACCUCUCCAGGAUCUAAAAUGUCUAUUACAAUUAAUGAACAACCAGUAAAAAGAUUUAAUGAAAGAUAUCACUGCUAUAAAUGCAUGCAAGGGUUAUGCAAGUAUGAAUUUCAUGCAUACAGGCACCAUAGACGAAACAUUUUCAGUAAAAUGAAUGUAAAAGUUGAGAAAGAUGUUGUAAAAAAGACCUAUGGCAAUCAGACUAUAUAUUACAGAAUAGAUAUUGUUGAUGAAAAGAAAGAAGAAAUUGAUGAUUUUGAUGAUCUUGUGGAUAAAAACAUGAUUCUUGAUGAAGCAUCUGAAGAUGAAAAUGAUGAAAUAUGUUUUGAGCAAGAAAAUUUCUUGAGAGAUACUUUAAUAUGCCCUCAAUGUUCAAAUAAUCUUGAAGCUCCUAUAUACCAAUGUGUUACAGGUCAUAUCUUAUGUAGCAAAUGUAGAGAUGGAGCAGAGGCAUGUCCAACCUGUGAAUCUAAGAUUGAAAAUACAAGGAACUACCUUUUUGAAGAAGUUGCCGCAUCGUUUGAGGCUAUUAGUACACAAAAACCUGAAGAUAGACCUCAAGCUGAACUAAAAGACAAAGAGAUUGAAUGUCCUCAACCUAAAUGUUUUGAAAAGAUACAUCUUAAAGAUAUAGCUGACCAUUAUAAAGAACACCAUAUAAACAAUUUCCAUUUCAAUACUUUUUCCAUUAAAAAUGUUUAUACUUAUUAUAACAUUGAUGUUUUGGUAAAAUAUGGAAAAACAUUUAUACUUUUAUUUGAUUUUGAUGAUGUCAAUUUUGGUAUUAGUAUAUGUUCCUUAGAUGAUGAAGAGGGGUUGGAGUAUGAAAUCACAUUGAGUUCUGCUGAUAAUAAUCACUCUGUUAAAGCUAUCAGGCAGAAGCUUGUAGUGUUUGAUGAUGCUACAUAUUGCUUCAAGUGUGCAUUAGGCAAAUGCAAAAAUGACCAACAUCAUGGGUCUCAUAAAUUUAAGAGGAGAGACAUCUUCCGAAAUAUGGUAACGAAAAUAAACAGGGACUCAACAAGGAGAAUGUUCAACACAGUCAAUAUGAACUAUACUGUAAGAAUUGUUGAUGUUUCGACAUUGGUGCAAAGGGAUAAGAUUAUCAGACAGAUGUUUGAGUGCACAAUUUGCAAGGAUUAUAUGGUUCCUCCAAUCCCUCAAUGCCUAUCUGGACACUCGCUAUGCAACACGUGUGCCUCAAAGGUAGAGAAAUGUCCAAGUUGUGAGGCAGCUCUAACAGGUACUCGAAAUCUCGCAUUGGAAGAGGCCACAGAAAAAGCACAGCUGGUCUGUCAGAACCUGUUUGAGAACUGCAUAUACAGGACGUCAUUGAAAAGGAUAGCAGCUCACGAGGCCGAAUGCCCAAAGAAGCCAAAAAGACUGUGUUCAGCUGAGUCGAAAAGCGAAGCUUCCAAGAAGUAGAAGAUUGGGGUUGUACACUUUGUGAAAUAUCAUACUUAGGCAUUAUGAGAUUCGAUUUUAGAGAGCUUUGAGAUUGUAUGUGAGCAUAAAGUUAGCAGCACUUCUGAUGUCCAUAUGUUUAUUCAGCAUAGUGACACUUCCGUCACCAGACUCGUGCUUGAACACUUUCUCAUUGUUUACUUGUCACUACAGGAUAGCCUAUCUGAGGACAUUAAAUGAGUAGACAAUGAGAAACGAUAUUAAGAAUGUGUGAGAGAAGAGAUACUAAAUAAAUUAUUUGCCGUCAACGUUUCUUUUUACUUCCCACGCCUACUGGCGGGGAAGUAUUGCAAUUGCGAAAAACCAUAUCACUCCUAUAACUUGAGAAGUACUUUUCAGUUUGGAUGAAAUUUGUACACAGUGUUACUUCUAUGCCAAGCAUGCAAGAGCUCUGCAGUUUUUGAAAUUAGGUCCAACGGUAGCGGAGCUAGUGGUAAAAUUACGAAAAUCGCUCAAACUGUGUUUUUGAUGUUUUUGGGGCUUCUGAUCAUUUCCAGAAAAAUAUUUUUUAGGGGUUGAAAAUCGGUGGUUGGAGGUUGUAGGGGAUUAAUUUUACGCACCUCUCAGAUAUUUCAAACAUCAAAGAUUUCCACGUACAUUUGCCCUUCAUACGCUGAGCACUGUCUGCGGGUCUGCGUCUGAUUGAUUCUGACUGCAUCGACGGUUCUUUAGAGUUAUCAUUCUAAUCUGGUUCAGCACCGUUGCCAGAUGGUCGAUACUUAGAGCAGGGAAGAAACUAGCGCUUGCAUUAUCAAAUGGGUAGGGACUAUGGUGUAUGAACUAAUUGCAUGGGCCUGUUUGGCUGACUUAAUCAAUUUAAUUUUUUUGUUAUAUAUGUUUGUAGCUAGUUCAGGGGGACUAACGUGUGUCAAACAUAAUCGUUUAUGAACUGAUGACAAUGUUGCGUGGGAAGUGCAGAGUCAACUUACUUGACGGCAUUUUUCGCUUUUGUAAAUUGGAUUUCCUUGAGGGUGAUUUAUCUGUAAAAGGUGGAAACAAUUUACAAUUAUCUCCGUACUUGAAGAAACAAUUUCACUCUCCAUCUAUCUUGUUAUUUAAGUGGCAUAUAGCACGAUUUUAAAGUCAAAAUGGCUGGCGAGGAUAUUUUGUAAGAAAAAUACCUAACUUGUGUUCUAGUGAAGUGUUGUAGAAAAUAAUCACUGACGUGUUGUAUACAUGAGAUAUUUAACUUCUGUAAAAUAAGUCUACAGCUCAAAUACUCUUUUACUUUCUUACAUAGUGCUACAUACAUUUCGAUUUUUUUAAAUCUUUGCAUUUCUCAAACUGAUGAUUUUGAGUUUUGUAAUUAUGGAAUUGUACACUUGACUGAUUUUAUCUUUUGAGAAUAAACAACUUGACAAUU